UUUUCUACAAAACAAAAAAGACGCGGACGUUUUAAUUGAUAUCUUUUCCUGACAUGAAAAUAAAGCUAUAGUUGCUAGAUUUCUUUGAAAUUUACGAUCUAUGGAUAUUCCUAAACUGGAUAUUAGAAUGCCAUUCAAUGUGUAUGCCAGAAUACGGACCAAAUCCCACAUCAUGUAGAUAUACCCCUGCACCGCCAGGAAAAACACCCUCUUGUGCCAGGCCUGGAGUCACUUAUUGUGAAUAUGUAGAUCAUUAUCCAAGUGAAAGAAUCUAUCAUUUGAUUCAGAGUUGGCAAUUUAACCAUAAAAGCCUAAUUAUAAGUGAAGCCAAAGAAGACUUUAAUGCUGUCUAUUUUCCACCACCAAGUACCAUUUAUGGUCCACCUGCAGUUGAUGUUGGUUAUCAUUAUCCUGAACCUAUUUAUAUUCCAAAACCUACCCAAAUGUUUCAAGAACAAGGUGGAUACUACAUUCCUCCAAAACCACAAAUAACGCAGCCACAAAAUUUGACAUGGAGCAGCUUCAAUGGGUAUCCAGAUUACAAUAAGGAUGGAACCUUUUUAACUUACAAAUACACGAGCAAUGUUCCUCAAAAUUACAAUCCUUAUCAGACUUAUCCUUCACCGGCGUAUACACAAAUUAAUGAACUUUGGAAAAGAAAUCAAAGACUGAAACGAUCUCUCCGCAAAAAACGAACCAUACAAAUCACUUCGCAAUACACUCGAGACUCUCAAUCUUCGAAUAGUACCUCGUCGACGUCACAGCUGUCACGAAAGAAAAGACAAUCAACGAUACAAGGACAACCGAUUUGUAGAAGUCGUUCCAAUUACAUAAUGCCCAAAGCGGCAUUGAAUAGCAAAGGCAAUUGGAUGUACGUGGUUAACAUGCCGGAAACUGAUCGACAGUUCACGCAGUUGGUCAAGAGCGAGAUGUGUGUUGAUACAAACUGUAACGGUCUCUGUCAACUACCCCAAGGAUAUUCAUCAAGAUGCGAACAAAAAUACGUCCAAAAACGACUAAUCGCGCUGGAUAGUAGCGGAAGUGACUUGUACAGCGACACUUUUUGGUUUCCUAGUUGUUGCGUUUGCACUGUUUCCAAUAGUUGAUUUUAACAGGGUCUAGAUCACUAAAAUAUCACUGCCUAGAAACCUUUUUUUUAUUUUAUAUAGUUUUAAUUUUAUACCUUUUUUUUUAGUUAGAAACAGACAGCACUACUGUGUAAGUUAAGUUGCCAUGUAUUUUGCACUAUUACAUACUAGAGGUUAUUUAUUUUAUAAUAAAUGCCCUGUAUUAUAUUAUACAUAGGUAGCUAUAAAAAUACAUUGGCUAGUGGAAAUAUAAAUUAUUAGAUAGAUUUAUUAUUGAUUUAACUGAUGAGUAUUGUGAUUGUAAAGGUUUAUAGUUUUUUAUAUUGUAUAUUUUGAAGCACAUGGACAAGAAAAUAAAUAAUAUUUUUUUUUGUAAUUGAA